GGCUCGUCCGGCUCCGCGGCCGGAGAUCGCGGGUCCCCGCGGCCUCCCGCCCGUCCGGGCCCGCGCCCCGCAGCCACCAUGCGCCUCAACCACUCGGCGGACGCGCGGGGGCCCGAGCUGGCGCCGCCGCCGUCGGGGCUGGAAGCCGCGCUCCUGGCCGCCGGCGUGGGCAACCGCUCGGGCGCCGCCAAUGCCUCGGAGUGGCCGAGCGCGGCGCCCAGCAGCAAUCUGGACGUGAACACGGACAUCUACUCCAAAACGCUGGUGACGGCUGUGUACCUGCUGCUGUUCGCGGUGGGCGCCGUGGGCAACUCAGUAACGGCGUUCACGCUGGCGCGCCGGCGGCCGCUGCACGGCUUCCAGAGCACCGUGCACUACCACCUGGGCAGCCUGGCCCUGUCCGACCUGCUCAUCCUGCUGCUGGCCAUGCCCGUGGAGCUGUACAACUUCAUCUGGGUGCACCACCCCUGGGCCUUCGGCGACGCCGUCUGCCGCGGCUACUACUUCCUGCGCGAAGCCUGCACCUACGCCACGGCCCUUAACGUGGCCAGCCUGAGCGUGGAGCGCUACCUGGCCAUCUGCCACCCCUUCAAGGCCAAGACCCUCAUGUCCCGCAGCCGCACCAAGAAGUUCAUCAGCGCCGUGUGGCUGGCCUCGGGGCUGCUGGCCGUGCCCAUGCUCUUCGCCAUGGGCCAGCAGAACCUCAGCGCCGACAGCCAGCACCCCGGGGGGCUGGUGUGCACGCCCGUCACCAGCACCCACACCCUCAAGGUCAUCAUCCAGGUCAACACCUUCAUGUCCUUCGUCGUGCCCAUGGUGGUCAUCUCCAUCCUCAACACCAUCAUCGCCAACAAGCUGGCCGCCACGGUUCGCCACGCGGCCGAGCUGGGCCAGGUGUCCACAGUCGGGGGGCAGCACGGAUCCUUCACCAUGCCCAUCGAGCCAGGCCGGGUGCAGGCGCUGCGGCAUGGAGUGCGGGUGCUCCGUGCUGUGGUCGUGGCCUUCGUGGCCUGCCUGCUGCCCUACCACGUGCGGCGCCUCAUGUUCUGCUACAUCUCCGGACAUCAGUGGACUCCGUUCCUGUACGACUUCUACCACUACUUCUACCUGCUGACCAAUGCCCUGUUCUACGUCAGCUCAGCUGUCAACCCUGUCCUCUACAACCUGGUGUCGGCCAACUUCCGCCAGGCCUUUGUGGCCACGCUGGGCUGCCUGUGCCCACCCUGGCACCGCCGUGCGGCCAGACUGGCGCGGACGGCCAACAGCGUGUCCAGCAGCCACACGUGCUCCAGCAACAUCACUCGCGAGACGCUGUACUAG